AUCCCGUCGCACAGCCCGCUCAGCUCCCAGUUGAUCCCUCGCCGCCGCCGGCGGAAGUGGUCCACGGACCUUCUGGAUCCGCUCCGGCAGCGGAUCGCGACGUUGAGUUGGAACACGGCGGCGAUGAUGAGGAGGAGCCGCUGAUCCAGAUGGCGGAGUGCCGCAUUUGCCAGGAGGAGGACAGUGUCUCCAAUUUGGAAAGCCCCUGCGCCUGCAGCGGAAGUCUCAAGUAUGCACACAGAAAGUGCGUCCAGCAUUGGUGCAAUGAGAAGGGAGACAUAACUUGUGAGAUAUGCCAUCAGCCUUAUCAACCUGGUUAUACUGCUCCACCACCACGCCCGCAGCCCGAAGAAACUACCAUUGACAUAGGAGGAGGCUGGACAAUAUCUGGCACGCCUUUGGACUUGCGCGAUCCUCGACUAUUGGCAAUUGCAGAGGCUGAACGCCAAUUUUUGGAUGCGGAAUAUGAUGAAUAUGCUGCUUCUAAUGCCAGUGGAGCUGCAUUUUGCCGCUCUGCAGCUCUAAUUUUAAUGGCCCUCUUACUCUUGCGGCAUGCACUUUCUGUCACUGAUGGUGAUGCUUCUGAUGAUGACCCAUCCAAUUUUUUCUCCCUUUUCUUGCUACGUGCUGCUGGAUUUCUUUUACCUUGCUAUAUAAUGGCUUGGGCAAUUAGUAUUCUGCAGCGUCGGCGACAGAGACAGGAAGCUGCAGCACUAGCAGCAACCCAAGUUGCUUUUGUCCUACAGUCUGGGCAGCACAGGGGGCUUCAAUUUGCCAUAGCCCCAGGACCACCACCCACUGUACAGCAGGAACAAGUGUGAUUCCGUUGUAUAUUAGUUAAAAUGUAUUGAUCCCCGGAAAACAAAAUUGCAAAAGUUAAUGGCCUCUUCGCCAUGAAGAUGGCUUGUUGAAAUUCCAAUGCAUAGCUCUUGAUUUUUCCGAGGUCUCAUGUAUGUACAUAUUAGGGUGGUAAAAAAAUUGCAUGAGUACAUUAUCUUUUAUCUCGGUUCGUUUCUAUUCAUCCAUCUAAAGAUGUAUCCAUCCUAAUAUGUUUGUGGCGCUACUAUCGUCGGGGUCUAUUUGUAAUUAACAUGAGCCUUGGAAAGGGAUAUUUAUUUUGUUUCUGAAUAUUUGCUUUCAUUGUUCAUAAAAGACAGGUAUAACACACUGAAGUGGGUAUUAUAAUAAAGUGUAAUAAUAUGCUGAAUUACAUACAUUUC